CCUCGCUUCCUUGGUCGUGGGUUUCGCGCCGGUUCCUUUCAGGUUGUCCCUCACACUCACACCCGCUCCGGCAGCGCUGCCUCGGGCCCGACCCGUCGCGUCCGCCAUCGCGCACUCUGCCUGGAGCGCCACCGCGAGCUGCCGCUCCCGCGCGCCCGGGGCCUUCCCCCUCGGGCGUGGGAAAGGACCUGGCGCCCGGCGCGAGGCUAACCUUGCGACCCCUGCGCGCCGCCGGAGCGGUUGUUCGCUCCCUGCCGGAGAGAGAAGCCCGAGUCCACGUGGCCAAGGAUGCAUGAUAAUUUCACACCAAGUCUUCACCGGAAUGGCGGGCUAGGCCUUCUCCGCGGCUUGGCUCCUUAAUCGCUACCUCUUCGGAGACUUGAGGGGCCCCCUGACCGCACUCUGACCUUCACUCUUGUAGAGAAAUGACGUUUCCUCCUAGCGGCUCACUUUUCCUUGAACAAAGUGUGACCCGCUCCGGAAAACUUUUACCCGGGUAGCGGGCUGUGUAUACGAUAUCUUGGGUCGUUAAGAAGUGGGUUAGGAAGGGAGUUGAAACGAGGGAACUCUUCCUACCAAACGGUGAAGUUUACUUUCUGAGGCUCCCGUUUCGGCCGGCGUGCUGUGACACGCCUGAAGUCCCAGCUCGGGAGGCAGAGGAAUAAGGAUCUUUGCAAAUUCGAGACCAGACUGGUCUUCAUAGUGAAUUCAGGGGCCCCCGGGGGUACACACUGCGAGACGCUCUCUCAAAAUGAUUUUAAAAUGCUUCCUUUUAAGCACACUGAACGGUAGGAACCGAUACCAGACCGCACAGACUUCUUCCGGCUUAGCCCUGUAACUGCAUCAGGUACCGGGAUUGGCCACGGCUAAGUCAAAGACGCCAGGGCGCAGUAUGGGUGGAAGUUUCCACGUGAGCCCACGAAUCUCGCCGGUGUCCAGCCAUGGAGCACUUAGGCACGGAACGCAUUUGCAGCGGGUUCAGUUUUCCCGCAGGAGCCCGAGUCCACCCCCCAGCCUUCCCUUCUGCGCAGGCGCGGUGUCACUUACCCGGCAUGGAAGUAGUGGGUCUCUUGUGUGCGGUGGCGGUGGCUGUCCUGACAUGGGGCUUCCUCCGGGUUCGGAACUCAGCGGAACGAAUGAGGUCUCCGGAGCAGGCGGGCCUGCCGGGAGCCGGAAGCCGGGCCCUUCUGGUGAUCGCACACCCGGACGAUGAAGCCAUGUUCUUUGCUCCCACGGUGCUAGGCUUGGCCCGCCUCGGGCAGCGGGUGUUCUUGCUCUGCUUCUCCGCAGGAAAUUACUACAGUCAAGGAGAGAUUCGGAAGAAAGAACUUCUGCAGAGCUGUGACGUCUUGGGGAUUCCACCUUCCCGGGUAACGAUCAUCGACAAGAGCGAGUUUCCAGAUGACCCAGGAGUGCAGUGGGACACAGAGAGUGUGGCCAACACCGUCCUCCAACACAUAGAGGUCAAUGACAUCAGCCUGGUGGUGACUUUUGAUGCAGAAGGAGUCAGUGGUCACAGCAAUCAUGUGGCUCUGUACAAAGCUGUGAGGGCCCUGCACUCUGAAGGGAAGCUGCCUACAGGGUGUUCCGUACUCACUCUGCAGUCUGUAAGUGUGCUCCGGAAGUAUCUCUACCUCCUGGAUCUGCCCUGGUCUCUACUCUCAUCCCAGGAUGCCCUCUUCAUGCUCACCAGCAAAGAAGUGGCACAGGCCAAGAAAGCCAUGUCCUGCCACCAGAGUCAGCUCGUCUGGUUCCGCCGCCUCUACGUCCUCUUCUCCAGAUACAUGAGGAUCAACUCACUGCAGCUCCUCUGAAGCCAGAAGAGUUUUCAGAUCUUUAACAGACCAAGAAGUCCCUGGACCUGGCUUGGGGCUGGCUUAUCUCCUUAGCCCGGGGAGAUCCCAGCAAAGCAGCCUCUGAGAACAAACCCUAUGGACAAGAGUCACACAGACCCUGCCUUCCUCCUUAGGGGAAAAACCCACCAAGACCCAAAACUACACCAACGCAAUACUCAACUUUUUAUUUUAUUUUACAAUAUAUACAUAGCAUAAGCUAUGAAAAAUAUUUUCAAAUCUCAGAGGUUAAAAAGAUGCAUAGAGCCAGGUGAUGGCAGAUGCCUUUAAUCACAGCACUCAGGAGACAGAGAUAAGCUGAGCUCUAUGAGUUCGAGGCCAGCCUGGUCUACAGAGCAAGCCGGAACUACACAGAGAAACCCUGUCUUGGAAAAAAAUGCACAGAAUUACAAUACUUCCAGGUAGUGACAUCUGAGAUUUUGUACCUGUUCAUAUUUAUUUUGCUAUCUAUUGUAAAUUAAGAGGUUGGGAUGGUAACUUGGUUGGUAGAGUGCUUGCCUAGGUUUGGCCUCCAGCAUAGCAUAAACUGUGUGCAAACAUUUGGGCUGUGGAGGCAGAAGUAUCAGAAAUUCGAGGUCAUCCUCAGAUACAUAGCAAGUUUGAAACCAACCCAGGCUAAAGAAGACUCUUCAAAAAUAAAUAAUACGUAAAAAUUUAGGAAGGAACUUUUUUGU